AGAGGAACAGUUUCACGUCAAAAUGGCUUCAGAGUGUAAUAAGUUUCAGAAAUAUCCUGCGAUUCUUAUAAUUGCUGCAGUUUUGGUGUGUAUUUUGUGCGACCCGUGCGCUGCACACUUCAGAAGACCGCGCAGAUAUGAAACUUGGAUGCAUGUAAACACUGUUUCUGGACCCGAAGUGGACCAGCAGUGGUUUAUACAGAGACUGGACCACUUCAAUGGGGCCGAUACUCGAGUCUGGAAACAGAGGUAUUUUGUGAACGACAGUUUCUAUAGACCCGGCGGUCCGGUGUUUCUGAUGAUCGGUGGUGAAGGUCCGGCUAACCCCGCCUGGAUGCAGUACGGAUCCUGGCUGCUUUAUGCACAGAAACUGGGCGCCUUGUGUUUAUUACUGGAGCACCGCUUCUAUGGCAAAAGUCACCCAACAGAGGAUCUGAGCACUGCAAAUCUGCGUUUCCUCAGCAGUCGUCAGGCAUUGGCCGAUCUCGCUCACUUCCGUACGGUUACCGCUGCAACGCGAGGCCUGACCAAUAGCAAGUGGGUUGCAUUUGGGGGCUCCUACCCAGGAUCCCUUUCUGCCUGGUUCAGACUGAAGUACCCACACUUAGUCCAUGCUGCCGUGGCAACCAGCGCACCUGUUCAUGCCACAGUCAACUUCCCAGAAUAUUUAGAGGUGGUGUGGCGGUCACUGGCAGCAGUGAACCCAGAGUGCCCACUACUGGUGAAGAAAGCGUCUGACACAUUGGUAGAGCGACUUAGCGACCCAAAAACCUAUGACAACAUCACUAAGGACUUCAGGUUAUGUUCGAAGCUUCAAAUCCUGUCUGAGAAGGACUCUGCGUAUCUUUUGGAGUCUUUGGCUGGAAAUUUCAUGGAUGUGGUGCAAUACAAUGAGGACAACAGGGCUUUUGAGGGUGUUGUGGGCACAAACAUCACCAUUAAGGUGUUGUGUAGUGUGAUGCUGGACUCUUCGUUAGGCACGCCGUACGAUCGUUAUGCCGCAGUGGCUCGUUUGAUGCAGACGACUUUUUCUCAGUCGUGCACGGACGUUCAGUACAAAAGCUACAUCCAGGAAAUGAGCAACACUAGCUGGAGCGGCCCGGCGGCCGGAGGAGGGCGACAGUGGGUGUAUCAGACCUGCACUGAGUUUGGAUUUUAUCAGAGCUCAGAUUCACCAAACCAGCCCUUCAGUGGAUUUCCAUUACCGUAUCACCUGCAGCAGUGUGCUGAUAUAUAUAAUCUGAGCACUUCAUUGGAUGAGGCUAUUCAGCAGACCAAUGAGGAAUAUGGAGGAUAUGACAUCAGAACCACUCGCAUUGUCUUCCCCAAUGGUUCGAUUGACCCCUGGCACGCUCUCGGAGUGACCCGGGACAUCACAGACGACCUACCAGCUGUCUUCAUCAAAGGUACGGCACACUGUGCUAACAUGUACCCGGCCCGAGCGCAAGACCUUCCUCAGCUAGGUCUAGCGCGGGACCACAUCUUCCUCCUGCUCCAGAAGUGGCUGGCAGAGUGAUGGACAGCUCCAACAGCCAAUCAGAUACACAGAUAGUAUGACUGGCAUGAUUAAUGGCCAAUCGUGUGUUGCUUUGAUUCUGAUGUCUCAUGGUACUAUUGCAAUGCAAAAAGGCAUUUUGGCACUGUUUUUCAUCAAAUUUGGAAUUCAAAAUCAGUUUUUUUUAUGCGUUAUGUUUAUGGAAGUGUGACUGAAUGUUUUUAUCUUGAUGUAAAUCUUUGUAUAUUUUGAAACAGAAAUUUCUCAAUAAAGCUGAUUUU